GUGCGGUGGUAUUUAAAGCAUUCAUAUUUGUCGUAUUUAUUCUAACCCGGUCAUGUUUUAAGCGCUUUUUUGUUUGUUGUGCUGAGGAAGGACACUCGGGGGAGCGGCAAGAACGGAAGGAAUUUACGACGUACGACUGUCAAUGACGCACUGACCAAGCCUUUCUCACCGUGUGUGUAUUGUACUUGUCCAUACUUGUGGAUGAGUGUGACGUCAGCCAGGAGCUGAGGCCGUGUAAAAUAUGCAAAUGUCAAUAAAGUAAAUUGAUGUUAAAAACAAAUUAACCUCUUGGAAAUGAAAUAUCUGAAUGCUUUUUGGUUGCAUCCAUAGAUUUACAUACAACGCCAAUUCGUUGUCGAGCAGUGCUGCACCUAAAUGAACUGACUAAACUUCAUUAAGCUUCUUUUUAAAAAGUCCUAUAUCUUAAUAGGCUAUGUAUUGCCUCCGUUAAUAAAUUAUUUAUCCUUCCAAAUUUCACAUGAUCGAGAAAAGGCGCACAGUUGCACCUUCGCCACAUUCAAAAUGGCAUUUGACGUACGAAGUUCCCGGAUGUAAAGUAGCCAACGCUAUCUUAUGACGUCACUUACGCGACCAAUUUCAUUUGUUUCUCUUUUCCCUGUCCCAACUUGAUUCAGCAUUCACGCUGACAGGUUAAUAUUAAGAUCGCCAUGAGGACAAUCGCUAAUACACAUUCGUGAAUCAUUUACUUUUAACAACCCGGCGACCCAAAAGCGAUCAUGAAGCUGCUUCACAGAGACAUUGAAAAAGACAACGCCGGUCAGGUGACGCUCAUUCCAGAGGAAGCAGAGGACAUGUGGCACACCUACAACCUACUUCAACAGGGAGACAGUCUGAGAGCUUCUACCAUAAGAAAAGUACAGACAGAAUCCACUACUGGGAGCGUGGGCAGCUCCAGAGUUCGGACCACCUUGACGUUAUGCGUGGAGACCAUUGACUUUGACACGCAGGCCUGCCAGCUGAGAGUAAAGGGCACCAAUAUCGAGGAGAACCAGUAUGUGAAGAUGGGGGCUUACCACACCAUCGAGCUGGAGCUCAACCGAAAAUUCACCCUGGCCAAAAAGAGUUGGGACAGCGUGGUCUUGGCCCGAAUCGACGAGGCAUGCGACGCCACGCAGAAGGCCGACGUGGCGGCGGUGGUGAUGCAGGAGGGCCUGGCCAACCUGGUGCUGGUGACUCCCGCCAUGACGCUUCUCCGCGCCAAAGUGGAGCUCACCAUUCCCCGCAAGCGGAGGGGGAGCUGCACGCAACACGAAAAGGCUCUCGAGAGGUUCUACGAAGCCGUCAUGCAGGCCAUACUUCGCCACAUUAAUUUUGACGUGGUCAAGUGCAUCCUGGUGGCCAGCCCGGGCUUCGUGAAGGAUCAGUUCAUGACGUAUCUCUUCAAAGAGGCCGUGCGGCAAGACAACAAGCUGCUGCUGGAGAACAGACCCAAGUUUAUGAUGGUCCAUUCGUCGUCGGGUCAUAAGUACUCGCUUAAAGAAAUCCUCUCCGAUCCUACUGUGACGAACAGGCUGUCCGAUACGAAGGCUGCAGGAGAAGUGAAAGCCUUAGAGGAUUUCUACAAAAUGCUGCAACACGAGCCCGAUAGAGCUUUUUACGGACUGGCUCACGUGGAGAGAGCGGCAGAAGCCCUCGCCGUCGACACUUUGUUGGUCAGCGAUAAGCUCUUCAGGCAUCAAGACGUGCCCACAAGGGCGCGCUACGUUCGCUUGGUGGACAAAGUGAGAGACAGCGGUGGAAAUGUCAGAAUAUUUUCAAGUCUUCACGUAUCAGGGGAACAACUGACUCAACUGAGCGGAGUGGCGGCCAUCUUGAGGUUUCCAAUUGCCGACGUUUCCGAAGGCGAAGAUGACAGUAGCUCGGAUGACGACUGAAUAAUGAAAUAUGGCGGAUUAAAAAAAAAAGUUGUAAAUAUAACGUGUUUUACGCUUCGUUUUUCAUGUUUUUGUCAGACGGAU